CGCACGCGAAAUUGCUUUGAUCGCGCCGCCGGGGAGGGGUUUCCACGCCAUGACAACGCGUCCCGUACACAGGACCGUACACAGGUCCCAGGUGGAGCAGAGACGUGGAGACUUUCUCCAGCCUUCAUCCAGCUCAACAAACUUCUUACUUAUUUCUCCCUGUUUCUGUCAUGGCCUCGUGUUUAGUGCCAGACUUUCCAGCUGUGAACGUUGCACUGGAACAUCUGGGCGACUUAGAUAAGCAGCUGAGAGCAGAGCGAGUGUCAUUCAGUCAAGAAGCCAGCCAUCACCUGAGCGAGAUAGCAGAAGCCAUUAAAGAACUGGAGGCCUCCAGAAAAGCCACACACGAGGAACUCGAGGUGGAAACGAUAGAAACAGGAAAACUGCGCUAUCAGCUCCUGAGCCAGCAUGACAGUACAGCAGCUGAAAUAUCAGCUGCCGUAGCCGCCGCCAGGGACGCAAACGCGGCCGAGAUCGAUGAACUCCAGCUGGAGAUGGCGAACGUCCUGCAGGAGAUCGAGUCGAUGGAAAAGAGACGGGAACUUCUGGAGGAACAGAAUGUCCUUCUUUUACCAGAGCACCAGCGUCUGAACAUCUGCUACACCGAGCUCCUCGAGCAGCUCAACAGGCAGCUGUCAGAGAAAGCCGAUACGCAGAUCUCACUGAACGAAACGAGGAAAGAGACCCAGUCUACGAGGGAAGAGAUCUCACGAGUGCACUCAACCAGGAAAUAUCUGCAAGACAACCUGAUAGGGGAGAGGAAGCAUUUCGAAGAAACCAAAAAAAUGCUUGAGAAAGAGAUUGAUGAGAUGAUGAACAGCAUUCAGGAGCAGGCCAAGACGAACACCGAGCUGCAGGAAGAGCUGGACGUGGUUGUAGCAGAGUUUGUGAAGAAAGAGAAGAGAGCUGACGGACUUUCAAAUCGUAUCUCAUCAUUAGAGAGAAGCUUGGUCAGAUUGAAGACGUCCCAACACAAACACGAAGAUCAGAUCAGGGACAAGACUGAAAAAUCAGACCAGCUCACUCAUCUAAAAGAGCUCCGUGAGAAAGAGUUCCGAGAGCUGAGAGAUGCACUGAACCUGCGGCUGCUCAGCCUUCAGGAGAACAUCGCAACGGUGGAAAGGCAGAUAGAAGAAGAGCAGAAGGAAAACGGCGUUCGUCUUGAAGCAGUCUCUGAGCUUUCGUCUAUUUUUAGAGUUCAGAGGGAAAAGGAAGACGAUGCGCAGGUGGAACGCAGCGGCCUGAGCACAGAACUGGACAAAUCCAAGCAGAGGCUGGACAAGAUUUACGUCUCGAUCGCUAAAAAUAAACGUGAAAUUAAAGAGAUGGAGGAGGAGAUGAAACAGCUUCAUGAAGCCAACAGACUCACUGUGGAGCUGUUUAGAAAGAACAUGGUGGAGCUCGAGGGGGAGCUGGUGAAGGAGAAGAACAGCAGGGAAACACUCGAGGUCGAGAGAGACGAACUCGGGGUGCGGAUCGAAACUCUAAAAGAGCAGCAUGAAGACAGCAUGAGGAAACUCUGCUCAGCCGUGUCGUUACACAAGACCAGACACAGCGAGCUUGCUGAGGAGAAGAAGAAACUCCAAGAACAUGAAUCCAUGAGCUCUCUAGCCGAGGAACUAACACACCACAUCUCCAGAGCAGAGGAGGAGCGUAAACAGAUGGAAACCAUGUGCAAGAACGAAAUACAGCAGCUCAAUACGGAGGCCGAGUCAAUCAAUCGAGCUCGACUGGAUGAAGAAAAGGAGCUGAAGGAUCGGGAGCUGGAGCUGUCCAAAGUUGAGGCUCAGUUUGACGUUGAUCUUUCUCAACAUCAAGUCCUCAUAAAACGAACAACCGAGCUGCAGGCCAUGAAAGAUCACCUGCAACUUUCCAUACAGGAGGUGAAAGAGCAAACAGCAGCAAUGCUACAGCCGAGGGAAGCUCUGAAGGAGGAGCUGCAGACUUUACGAGAGAACCACAUGGAGCUCCUGCGCUCUUACAGUGAGCAGAUCAGCACCACGGAGAAGAGCAUUUAUAAAAACGGACAAAUGCUGGAGAACGUAAACGUGGAAAACAGUCGUCUACAUGUGUGUAUUGAACAAAUGAAGAAGGAAAUCUCUAAUGCCAGGAGAGAGACUGAGAAGUACACACAGGAAAUUGGCUGGAUGAAAGAGGAAGUGCAGUCCAUCUACAGAACUUUAGUGGAUGCUUGGGUCAUAGAUAAACUGGUCACAGAGGUACGUUUCCCUCCGCAGCACGUAAUUAAGUGUUUUAUUUCUCUUUUACGACAGCACCUGCCAAUAGCAACGAUAAACUUUCAUUCCCUUCUGAUACCCAUCCAUCAUACUUUAGGAAUCUGCAGAAACAGACCAGGCAUUCUUGGAAGCCAUGCAGAUGUUCGUUCUGCAGGUCGAGGAGAGGAAGCAGCACAUCGGAGACAUCAACAGCAGACUGGGGGUGGAGCUAAAGGCCAUGAGCGCGCUGCUUGAAAUCAACUCUCAGCAAAAACACCUGUGAAGGAGAACAAACAGGUUUCAUGAGAACGUUCUUUCUUGCACUUGCAGUUCACCUCGCAGCCAGCAGGGGGCUCUAACCUGACCAGUUGAAUGAUUUCUGUUUUGUUCCCUAAAAGAGAGAAGCACGUAAGCAGGAUGUUUUAUAGACAAUCCACAAUCUAACAGUGUGAAAGAAAUAAAACGUUUUCUGACAA